CUCAAAAAGGAAAUAGUUAGGUGGACAAAAUAAAAGGAGGUUUGCAGGUCAAAAUAAAGGUUGUCAACUAGCGGGUUGAUUUGGUUUGACCCGAACUCGUCAAUGAAAACGGGCGUUAGCUGCCCACUAGAGUUUCUGCCCGGAUUCGGUCAAAUCUGGAAAACCCAGACGGUUGGACCGCGAGUGUGGGUCAGUAGGCGUUGCUUUUAGUGCUGUGUCUUUCGGGAUUUUGGCUACGGAUGGAAGAGCAAAUCCGAAACCCUAGACUACUCUUCUUCCUUCUUUCCGUCAGUCCGCCUCUUCCUUCCUCUCCCGAACUUGUUGUUGCUUCAACUAGGUCGCCGAAAUCGAUCCCUAGCAAUCGGCAGGCGGGCUCUAGGUCGGCGGAUUCGUCUCCUUUGCGUCUCCUCGGCGCCAACCGUUAGCACUCGACAGCGACCAUCAACACUCGUUCUGGUCGUCUCUGUUAGUUAUCUGUGAGUUAGUGGUGUCCGACGAAGGAGUGGGAGUGAGGCUCCUUGCCGUUUUGGAAGUUGGGGCUGUAGGGGCUCUGGAAAAGUGGAAGUAGUCUGGGCGGCGGGGAGGAAGAAGAAAGGGUUUAUGGAAUUGUUAAUGGGCAUUGGGCCUGGGGAAGUGAAGGGGAAAAGGUGGAAUUUGUGAGUUGCCUUGGCUAUAAUUUCUAUAAUAUAAGUGUUUUUGUAUUUAAGUUGAUGUUAUUUAAGUGUGUUUGAGUUUAGGUAGUGUUGCAUUUUUUCAUGUUGGAUUUAGGAUAAGUACAAUAUAAUAACCCUACACAGGCUAAGCUACUAUGUCCUUCUGAUAUUCACUCUCCUGGCCCUGCUUUUGAUGAUGCCCUACGCACAUUCAAUGAGUUUACAGGUUCUGAUAUCUUACGUGACCCUAGCGAAGUUGUUGCCCCAAAACUUAUGAAGAAAUUGGAAGACAUAUAUUUCGCGAAGGUUGUUGCUUCUUCAGACUCUGUUUUCUCGUUGACUACCCAGCAGGUUGCUUUGUGGAAGUCCCAGCAGAGUGAGCACUCUUCUGAAUGGUUGCGUGUUGUCCCUAUUGUUGGGUUGGGUCAGACUAUGAAUGGAAGGACCUAUCGUAGUGUGCUUAGUUAUCGAUUGGGUGUCCCAUUAUUUUUGGUAUCUAGGCCCUAUUCUGCUUGUUCCCGUGUCUUUGAUGGUGAUGUCUUUGGGGAUCAUGUUGUGUCAUGUGUUGGUAUUGUGAACGAGACUACUCCACGGUGAGCCGAAGCUCGAGUCAAUCUUAUUAGCCACAUCUCGUCUGCUGCACUCGGCUAUCUUAAUCAUCCGAAGCUCACAAUCCUGCCCUCUUAUACUCCACGUGAGUAUUAGGGUUAGAUAUGGCAAAAUACAAAAUGGUCUUUCAAAAUAAUAACAUUUACAAAAGGAUCACACAUUUCUACACCACCAGCUCCAGCAGUAGCAAUUCUUGAUUAAGUUCUCGAUUUUGGCAUGCUAUGUUUUGGAUACUUUGUACAAAUCAUAAUGAAUUGGGGUCAAAAUG